AUGGGCUCCAGUUCCUCGCAGAGCGCAGACGUCUCCGGCCCGACACAGCUUGAGGACAAGUACUACCCUGAGUGGAUCAAGAAUCCUGAGAAUAUCAAGGAUUUGUCGGGGAAAGUGGCGCUGAUCACAGGGGUCUCCACCUCCUCUGGCCUGGGUUUCUAUGCCACGAAGGCCCUGGCCUCCAAGGGGGCCCAGUGCGUCAUCACCGUAAGAAACGUCGAGAAGGGCAAUGUCGUGAAGGCCGACUUGGAAGCGAAGCUGAAGGAGGAGGGCAUCGACUCGAAACCAAUCGCGGUCAUGAAGAUGGACAACUGUGACUUCGAGAGCAUCCGAAGCUUUGCCGAUGAGUUCAAAAAGCAGUACGAUCGCUUGGACAUCGUCUGCAACAACGCCGGUGUUAUGGGCCUGGACGUCCAGAUGACAAAGGACGGCUUCGACAUCCAGAUCCAGACGAAUCACCUCAGCCACUUUCUGAUGACUCUUCGACUCUGGCCCCUCCUGAAGUCCACCGCGGAGAAGCAUGGGGACGUGACCCUGACGCAGGUCUCCUCCGGUGCAUCUGAGAAGGGAAAGCCGACCGUGGAUGCUAGCAACCUGAACAACCCUCACCCGCCUCACGGUCUGCUGCUGUACUUGGCUCCCUACGUCCUCGGUGGCAGCACAGGCCAUUGGGCCCGGUACGGUCAGAGCAAGCUGGCCAACGUGCUCUUCGCCAACGAGCUGCAGAGGCGGUUGAAGGACGCCGGCCUCAGUGACAAGAUGAAGUCCACAUCUUGCCACCCGGGACUUGCCGCCACCAACCUGCAAAUCACCACGCAGAAGGGUGGGGGCAUGAAGGAUGGCGCCGGCUACCAGAAGGGCGGCCAGUCCUGUGCGGACGGGUCCCUUCCCCUGGUCAUGGCCGUCGCACAUCCAACUCUCUGUGAGGGUGGGGCCUACUAUGGACCCUCCGAGGGUCGAACUGGCUCUCCGAUCAAGACGAAGAACGAGAACCCUUUGGCCUACGACGAGGCAGCGGCCAAGGCGCUCUGGGAAGCUUCGGAGAAGGCGGUCGGAGAAGAAUUCAAGCUCUGA